CCAAGUGUGUCCAACUGUCUCCAUCUGUGUCCAACUGUCUCCAACUGUCUCCAGCUGUCUCCAUCUGUGUCCAACUGUGUCCAACUGUGUCCAACCUUGUCCAACUGUCUCCAAUAGUCUCCAUAUGUGUCCAACUGACUCCAACUGUGUCCAACUGUCUCCAUCUGUGCCCAACUGUCUCCAACUGUGUCCAACCGUGUCCGUCUGUGUCCAACUGACUCCAACUGUCUCCAACUGUGUCCAACCGUCUCAAACUGUCUCCAUAUGUGUCCAACUGUCUCCAACUGUCUCCAACUGUGUCCAACUGUCUCCAACUGUCUCAAACUGUCUCCAUCUGUGUCCAACUGUCUCCAACUGUCUCCAACUGUGUCCAACUGUGUCCAACUGUCUCUAACGUUGUCCAGCCGUGUUUUAUCUGUCUCCAACAGCGUCCAACCUUGUCCAGCUGUCUCCCACUGUCUUUAACUGUGUCCACCCGUUCUAAAAGACAGUUUUAUCAGGACAUAAAUGAUGUCAAAGCUUGGAGUUAUGAGGACGCUGUGACAGAAAGACAGUUUUUACCAGAUAUGAUAGUUUUAUUCUGAUGUGUUUGAACAGGAAGUCAUCCAGUGUGACACGUCGCUGCGUUCCUCUUCAAAGCUCCGAAUAAAUAUUUCCCCAACUGAAAGACGCUGCUCAUCUGCAGAGCGCCAUGAAGAGCAUUAUUCAUGUCAGGAGCUGGAAUCAUGAAGAAGUGAAACCACCGGGGAGCCCGACGCUUUAUGUAACACAUCUAAAAACCCUAUUAGGUCUCGUAUGAGCGCGUAUACGGAGGAGAAGAAGAAGAAGAAGAGACUUCACAGGAAUGAAAACGCUGCCGUAUUCACACGCUGCUUUGAUUGUGGAGGUCAAACAGAGAGCAGCAGGUUCAGGCAACCUCAGAUCUUCACACACAGCAACAACGCCUUGAUGUUCCCUAGCAUGAUGUAACAGGGGCCCCGUGGGUCCCUCAGGGGCCGCUCAGUCGAUUCAUGGACCCUCAGAGAGCUUCAAAGAGCUCCAGAGGAGAGAGAUGGAGCACAGAGUCCAGGGUGAAGAAGUCAGCGUCUGAACUGGUUUAUCAGGACCACAAACUGGUUUAUCAGGACCACAAACUGGUUUAUCAGGUGGAUCAGGACCACAAACUGGUUUAUCAGGACCACAAACUGGUUUAUCAGGUGGAUCAGGACCACAAACUGGUUUAUCAGGACCACAAACUGGUUUAUCAGGUGGAUCAGGACCACAAACUAGUUUCAGAAGACGGGACCACAAACUGGUUUCAGAGGAGGGGACCACAAACUGGUUUAUCAGGUGGAUCAGGACCACAAACUGGUUUAUCAGGACCACAAACUGGUUUAUCAGGACCACAAACUGGUUUAUCAGGACCACAAACUGGUUUCAGAGGAUGGGACCACAAACUAGUUUCAGAGGACGGGACCACAAACUGGUUUCAGAGGAUGGGACCACAAACUGGUUUCAGAGGAGGGGACCACAAACUGGUUUAUCAGGUGGAUCAGGACCACAAACUGGUUUAUCAGGUGGAUCAGGACCACAAACUGGUUUCAGAGGACGGGACCACAAACUGGUUUAUCAGGACCACAAACUGGUUUUCUUAGGACGGGACCACAAACUGGUUUUCUUAGGACGGGACCACAAACUGGUUUAUCAGGUGGAUCAGGACCACAAACUGGUCUAUCAGGUGGAUCAGAGGACUCUGGUCCUCCCGUUAUGACGCUCAUCGUUCAGUGGUUCAUUAAUAAAUGGUUUAUGGUGUAAUAAUCUCUCAAUAGAAGUUAUUAUAAUUAGCGUCUGCAGGACCAGAUGGAGGGGAAACGGCCUUCAUGGGUCAUUCUGUGGCCUCAUUUUUUGUUAGCAUUUUUGGUCUAUUUUUGGUCAUUUUGCCAUCUUUUUGGUAUUUUUUUGGUAAUUUUGGUAAUUUUUUUUGGUGAUUUUAUGUCUGCUGUUGCUCUUUUAUGACUGUUGGUAAUUUUUAAAAUCUUUUUUAGGGGUUAUUUUGAGUGUGUGUUAUCAUGGUCAUUUUUACUUCUUUUUUUUUAGUUGCUCAUUUUAUGUCUCUUGUUGCUCUUU